GAGUACGGACGGCGAUAUUUUGUUUUUAGAUUUAACAAGUGUCUUUUAGUGUAUUUGUAAAAUUAAAAUUGUAUUUACGUAUAAUAAUUAGGUAUAUGCUAAGGAAUCACUUCGUAUUAGUAUAUUUUUUGUUAUUAACGCAUGUACCUUUUUACAAAAUAUAACUAAAAGAUGUUCAGAUCCUUAAGAAAUAAGUUUUUAAUCAAAAUUCCCCUUAUAAAUACACCAAAAAAUACAUUUCUAACCAAUGAAUACAAAUGUGCGAAUGCUUGGAACUCUCAAGUAAAUUCUACCGUAUUAACGAAAGUUAAUCUUGGCGAUUUUUAUACGAGUUUAGAUCAGAAUUAUUCAUCGAAAGGCACAAUUAGCGCUAUUGAUGUUGACAUUUUCGCUAAUGCCGUAAGGGACGGCGUGUAUCUCGAAGAGCUGAAAGAUCUUUUGCAUAAACUUAGAUUAUCAGGUGAAACAGGAAAUACUUUGGAAUCUACACAUCAUGCUACAGUCAGAAAUUUCAUGGAAUUUGGCAAUAUACAAGAACUAGUAGAUAUUUUGAAACAUCCUCUAAAUUAUGGUAUAUUUCUUGAUUAUUAUACUGCAAAUCUCUUAUUGGAUAAAUUGAUCAAAUCUCAAGACUAUGAGAUGGCUACCAAUGUUGCAGCACUUAUAAUGCUGCAGGAAGACUAUACCAAUGAGAUUACUUGUUCUUUAUGUCAGUAUGCUUGUUACAAAUUUAUUAUUGAACAUAAACCAGAUAAUCAAGAGCAGCCAAAAGAAGCAGAAAAAAAUAAAAAGGUUGAAGAGAUUAAAAUAAGGAUUAAGUUCCUUCGCAAUCCAUAUUUUGAUGAUCACUUUGACAUUAAGGAUAUAAAGUUAUUAUCCGGAAAGACAUUAGCUUGCAUAUCUAAAUGUUUCUCUGAUAAUGUCAGUAACAAUUUACAAAUUCUAGGUUGGCUUUUCUAUAAAAAAUAUGAUAAACUGUCUACUCUUGUUGAUAAAUUAAGUCAAAAUAAUUCAUUUAAAGUACAUAAAGAAGUGAUUGAUUUAUUGAAGUUGGAGGCAUCAGAAGAGUCAAAAGAAUGUGUUGAUAAAUGCAUAAACUUGCUAAGUAAUGUCAAAGUGGCAGAGGGAAACAUUGAAGAAUCAAUUAAAAAUUUAGUAGAAAAUGCAAUUAAUAAAUCUCAAAGUAAAGAUAUAUCCAUGCAAGAAAAGAUUUUUAAAGAUUGGGAAGUUAUGCGAGAACAAAAACUGCAGGAGCAAAUAGCCCGUUUGGAUAGAAUAAAGCGUGUGCAGGCUAUAGAAGAAAAACAAAACAUAUUACAAAAGGAAGAGCAAAAAUUGUGGUUCUUUGAAAAUGAAGAAAAAAUUGACCUUCAAAUAGAAGAAAAGGAACAAAUGGAAGAUAAAAGUCAAAUAAAGAGUAAAACUCAAGACAAAUCUGAUGUAGAUUAUAUUCCUCCUGAAAUUUUACCUAAGAGAAGGUGAAUGUGUUUAUUAAUAAAAAUGAAAUAAAAUAUACAGUUAGAAAACA